UAUAAGACAGAAUAUGAAGGGAGUCCGUGUUUAGUUUAACAGAGUCGAUCCACCCAAUCACCGCCUGUGAAAUCCUUAAUUAAUCAUCAAUGUGUCUCAUUUAAACAAUGAUAUCAGAAGCAUCGAUCAAACGGAGUAAUCUAACGAACAGUGAGAAUCAAAUCGACAAUAAAUCGAGUGUGUUUGAAUAAAAGUGUAUCAAGGAUAGAAAUAGAUCAUUGUCAAGGACCAAGGAUAUCGUACACAUAUUUAUUCGGAUUUUACAGGAUUCUGAUUGAUGGAAGAUACUGGAGGAAUCUAAUUCAAGGUCUUCGAAGUCAGGGAGUAAUUUUCGUUGAUACGUGGGCCUAAUUGGGGUUAAUUAGUCAGGAUGAUAUCAGGAUCAAGGAUUGCUUGUGUGAUGCUGGUUGGACUGUUAGCCGGUGAGCUGGUGUCCUGUCAGAAGAAUGAUCCUGUAUUGAACGAACCUGAUUUCGAAACUCCCGAAUACAUAUUACCCUGCAAUAGGUCGGAUCCAAAGGUAGAAUCAUGCUUCCAGAAGACUUUGAAUCACCUACAACCAUACUUGCUGAAAGGUAUCCCUGAAUUGGACCUACCCCCGAUCGAACCCUUAAUCAUCCCCGAGCUUGGAAUGGAAAAUGGGCAAGGAGCUGUUCGUGUCAGAGCUUUGUUUUCCAAUAUCACGGUUAUAGGGGCAGGAAAUUAUUCAAUUAUGAAGACGAGGGUAGAUAUUCCGUCGUAUAGGAUUGACCUUCACCUAGGGUUCCCGAAGAUCGAGCUUCAGGGUCGUUACGAGGUGGUAGGGAACGUAUUACUUUUCCCCAUUCAAAGCCAUGGAGAUUUUUGGGCACUUUUUGGUGAUGUACUCGCUAUUGCAAGAAUUCAAGGAGCAGAAGAAAUAAGAGACGGUGUUCGUUACUUGAAAGUGGCAAAGAUGCUGGUCGAUUUUAGUCUGGGACGUGCAAGAUUCCGUGUCGUCGACGAAUUAAACGGGGAAAAUGUGAUAGGUCAAGCGAUGAAUCAAUUUCUAAAUCAAAAUGCUAAAGAGAUCAUCGAAGAGAUGAGACCGGCUGCCAGUGCGAGCAUUGCGAAACACUUCAAAGACUUCCUUGGAAAGGCUUUGGUCAAGAUACCAUUGAAAGUUUGGCUCCAUGACACGUAGCUUAUUUUGACUGCUUCUCUAAAUAGACGAUGUUUUCGAGAAACAGCAAUAGCAUUGUUUUGUAAUUAAGACGUGUUUUCAUCAGGCUGAGUGAUCGAAAUCAAAGAAUGUUGCGAAAUGGUUUAAGAACUGUGAUGAUUUUAACACUUCGACGACAGUUUAUUGAGAUUAUUAAUUACUGUGGAUAUUGUCUGGAUUAAAGACUCUUCAACCCUUUUGUUAUUAUUGUUGAAAAUUUCAUUGUAACAUGUUGCAAAUAAAAUUCAAUCGUAACGAAAGGGUUAGGUUAAUUAGAUAAUUUGUACGAACCUUAAUAGGGAAGUAAACUAGUAUACCUCUCAUCAAUUUUUGUAUUAUCAGUGAUUAUUUGCACACCAAAUACAUGACAUCACCAAUAUUUACCUAGCUAUUAGCGUAGAAUAAAUAGAAAAAUCUAUGAAAUUUUUAGAAAAUAUUUACGAGAAAGUAGAAUUUCUUAUUUCAGCUGAUUAGUUCCAUGAUACAAGUUUCGAUUAUCAAGCGGGUGGGUCGUUUAAUAACGCGAAACGUCAUUGUAAAUAGCAAGGGAAAGAAGAAAUAAAGCAAUAAAUCAUUCGAUUCAAGUGGGUAAAUAAUUUGUCACGCAUAAGCAAAGAAGAUUCCAGAUAAUGAUUGAAACACAAAUUUCCGAGAUAAUAGAAUUUUCUAUUGUGCCGCAUAAUUCUAAUGUUUCCUUGCUUACAAAGGUACACGAGGAUCAAUGAUUACAGUAAUAAAAAA